AUGGCUAAGACAAAGGAGCUCACUGAGGACCUGCAGCUGCGCAUUGUGGCUGCUCACAAGUCAGGAAAGGGCUACAAGGCCAUAUCUAAAUGUUUUCAAGUUCCAGUGGCUACAGUGCAAAGUAUUAUUAAAAAAUAUAAGACGUUCCGCACUGUGGAAAAUCUCAGAGGACGUGGUUGGAAGCCAAAAGUGACACCUGUGCUGGCCAGGAGGAUAGUGAGAGAGGUGAAAAAGAAUCCAAGGAUCACCACCAAGGCCAUCCUGGUGAAUCUGGGCUCUGCUGGUGGCAACAUCUCAAGGCAGACAGUCCAACGAACACUGCACACUGCUGGGUUCCACGGACGCAGACCAAGGAGGACGCCACUUCUCCAGAUAAGGCACACAAAAGCCCGCUUGGCCUUUGCAUCUGGACAAAGAAGAAGGCUUCUGGUCUUCUGUUUUAUGGUGCCAAACCCACAGUUUGAUGCAGACGCUGUCCAGCAGCCCAUGUCAGAGAGGCCACCAUACUCCUACAAGGCCAUGAUCCAGUUUGCAAUCAACAGCCGAAAGACCGGGAGGGUGACCCUGAAAGAGAUUUACAUGUGGAUCGAGGACCACUUCCCUUACUUCAGAGAGGUGGCCAAACCAGGAUGGAAGAAUUCCAUCCGCCAUAACCUCUCUCUACACGACAUGUUCAUUCGUGAGACGUCACCAGAUGGGAAAAUUUCUUUCUGGACAAUCCGGCCUGAGGCCAACCGAUGCCUCACUCUUGAUCAGGUGUACAAGCCUGGUUGUGACCCAAUGACCGCUCCUGUUCCCGUGCCAAUGCUUUUAUUACCCAACACUCAAAGGAGGAUCGUUCCUGAUGCAAGAAAGACGGCAACUAGCUCUGAGAGAAGGAUGAAGCCUCUCCUCCCUCGAACUGAUUCCUACUUGGUUCCCAUCCAGCUCCCAGUGGCCUCCUCUGUCUACCUGCCGUCCUCGUCGGCCCCGCUUCCCCCGUCCAGCUCGCAGCAGAAACAGAACACUUCGCGAGGAGCCAAGAGAGUGCGGAUAGCUCCUAAGGUGACGCAAAGUGACGCCCCAGCUGUGGUAAUGUAUCCUCAGAAGAAUAAAGACCUCAAGGUGGAGGUGAAGGAGGAGCCGGUAUGGGUCCCCAUUAAAUUCGAGACUCCCAAAGCCCCCCCAAAGAGACAAGCCAGCAGCUCCCGACGCAAACAGCGCCUGGUUCCCACUGAGCACGAGGAGCCCAUCCUCCUGUGCCUUGACAAUACUUUCUUUGACUCUGGUGUAGCCUCUGACUCCUCAACUUUCCAAGACUCUCGAGACGCCGAGCCGGACGAGCCCCAGCAGGAGCAGCAAAGCCCUGAUCGGGACUACUCCUUCAAGACCCCCAUAAAAAGUAGCAGCCACACUGCAGCCACAUUCCCGCACAUUGUUGCCAAACUUGCAAAGUAUUUAAUGGGACAAGGCAGCUACGUUUCGGUCAUUACAACCUUUGUCAGGCAGAGGUCUGUACAGGGACGUGUCAAGUUUUCCAAAACACUAUAGGAGAAAAUGGGAAUACUGAGGGGAACACUUUAAUUUUAGCUUCCAGGUUGUUGUCCUUCACGUUAGACGUUCCUCUCCACCUACUUUCUGAUUGGUUUCAUUACUUAUUAACAGCUCCUUUUCGUCACUCUUAUUUCUAUCUGUAAAACUUGUUUGCUUUUAUCAUUUCUCCUGUCAUAUCUGUCCCUACUCUUGAAGGAUUUGCAGGAGAAAUAUGUCUGUAUGUAUGUAUAUAAACACCAAUGUAUGUCGAUUUGCACAUUUUAAUAAAUAAUUUAGCUUUGCAUAUGUAAAUGAGAAGAUAAUAUAUUCCCUGAUACGCCAGCGAGACGCCUUGGCAGCCUCUUGGAAACAACUUGUAGAUUGUGAUGCAGGAUUGUUAGCAAUAAAAAAGGCAAAG